AUGGCACAGAUUGAGCGGAGGGUUUAUGCGCGAAUCUUCGGAGAUAUCGAUGCGAGGAGCUUCCAGGGGUCGGGCAAGCUGGAGGCGGUGACCCAUGACAACUCCGAGAAGAUCAAGUACAAGGAUGGCAUGAAACCGCAAGAGCUGCAACAGGCGCACCUUCGCGCAACGAUCCAGUCAGAGGAGUUUUACAAGACUGCCACAAACAUUAAAGACUGGGAGGUCAUUGAGUUGCACGUCUCCGGCCUGCCAUACGAUGCAGAUGACGAGAAGCUGAAGAAACUGUGUUCUGGCUUUGAGCUUCAAAUCGUCAAGUGCAAGGCAGACACCGAUCCCGUUCGCAAUCUCUGCAAAGGUCGUGCAAAGAUCAUGGUGCGCUACAAUCCUGGCCGUGAUGGCGCAGAACUAGAGGCCUUGAUCCAGCAUCUGGAGGCCGCUUCCCUGACAGUUGAGACUUGA